UUUUUUCACUUUAGGAAAGCUCUCCUAUUGCAGUUAAAAGAGUCUUAUACGCUCUUGCCUCUGAAUUGCAGUUGUGCAUUUAAUAUAGUCUGUUUCAGUAAAUGCUGGCUCUCUGAUCUUGUACCUCUCUGAGAUUACUUGUCUGAAAGUCAUGUCAGCCUGUUCCCAGAGGGUUUUUGUGAAGUCUGUUAGUUUGAUUCUGUUACUCGCAUCGUAUUUUCCUUAGAACAGGCAGUGAGAAACAUUGGCCAGCAGGCCAAAUUCAGCUCACCAGAGCAAUUAAUCAUGUCCAAGUCCUGUGUCCCCACUCUCCCCAGGAUCCUUUGGACUAAAACUGAAAGUAGGCUGCAGCAUGGUUAAAUGGUAUUGGAAAGCCCAUUUCUUUAUGGUGGUUCCUUUUCAACCUCAAAGUUCUGCAGAAUAUUCUGGUUAUGUGGUAUGAACUGCAGUAUCACAUAGCGAAAGCAUACAUGUUCUGUCAUAUCCAGUUACAUCUCUUAUCUCAUUAUAUAUUCUCAUUAUGUUCCUGGGUGCAAACCCAUCCUGAUACAGGAAAUACUGGUAAUUUGGUCAUGUGUUAAAUAUGCUUUAGGUCACAUGGUAAGGAAAAACUCAAUGCUUUUUUGAGUGCAUGCAUAAAAAUCUUUGUGUUCUGCCUCUGCCAGAAGGAUUCACUGGAGUCUUCAACUUCUCAGUCUAGUUUCAAUGAGUUUAUACCUUUUACUCAAAGCUGAAAUGAAAAGUGCCCAUUCUUCUAGUAGCUUCCUCUAAUUUCUGAAACACAAAGCUGCUUUUAAUUGUAGGAGGUUGUUCACCACACAUGCUGUAUUAGUAGCCAAUGGCUGCUUAAUAUUCCUCACUGAUUAUUAAUUACCAUCAUAUCAGCUCUUAGAUGGUGGCUCAGGAAGAGGUUCUGUGUGGGCUGUUGUUGAUUGUUCUCAAGACGGCAACCUUCUUUUUGCUUCUUCUUAGCCUGCCUCUUGUCAUUGAUUCCUUAAUUUUCAGAAUUUAUUCCUGUUCUACAAUUAUAUUGGCUUAGCCUGCAAGACUUUGGUAAUAGGAUGGGGAGGAGUGCUGUAGGGGUAGUUUCUGUGAGAAGCUGCAGGACUCUUACCCUGUGUCUAAUGGGGUCAGUGUCAGCUGGACCAUGGCUGGCCAGGGCCCAGCUCAUCAGCAGUGGUGGCAGCACCUCUUGGGUAACAUAGGUAAGAAGGGGGAAAAAAAGUAAUUGUAGCUGCAGAAGAGAGGGUGAGACCAUGUGAGAGAAACAACUUACAUAGACAUCAACAACAUGGACACUAAAGCCAUUGAAGAGGAAGGAGGAGGAGGCGCCCUAAGCGCUGGAUUAGACAUUCCCCUGCAAUCUGUAGUGCAGCCCAUGAGGUUCAUGGUAUAGCUGAGAUCCAGCUGUAGCCUAUGGGAAAGACUCACACUGAAGUAUGUAGGGGACUCUCCUGUGGGAGGAAACUCAUGCUGGUUCGGGAGAAAGACUUCUCUCCCUGAGGAAGAAGCAGCAGCAGAAAAAGCAUGCGAUGAACUGACCGUAACAUCUGUUCCCUGUCUCCCUGUGCUGUAGAGGGGGAGGAAGCAGAGAACUGGGAAUAAAGUUAAGCCCAGGAAGAAGUUUACUGGGGUGAGGGGAGGGUAUUUCUUUAGGAUUUAUUUUAGUUCUCAUUAUCCUGCUCUGAUUUUGAUUGGUAAUAGUCAGUUAAUUUCCCCAAGUAUGGUUUGCCUCUGGUGGUAAUUGGUGAGUGAUCUCUCCCUGCCCUUAACUCAUGAGCCUUUUGUGAUAUUUUCUCUCCUCAGCCCAGCUGAGGAGAGGAGUGAUAGAACAGCACCUUUUUGGACACCUGGCCUUCAACCAGGGUAAACCCCCCACAAUGAUGCAGAACCACCUAGGCCAUAACGCUGGUUUGUGUGAAGACAUCCCUCCUGAGGGUUGUUUUGUUGGUUUUUAAUGUCUUUGUUAGAGCUUUAAUGCAGUUCUUUGACCAAGGAUAUAGCAGUAUUUAUUUUUUUUUUCAGCUUCUGUUCUUAUUGAAAACAUCCCUUACUACACUGAAUUUGAGUCCUAAAAUUAUCUUCCUUUUGUUAUUGCGUGAAAGCUGUCUCUUCCUGCCAUUAGCUUUUUAUGGAAGGCUGUCCCAUGUGUUUGUCUCCAGGAUUUGUCUUACUUGCCUGGAUAGAAAAUUGUGUUAAGCAUAUUUGUGACUCAUGGCCUUGAAUCCUUUACCCUUGCAUCCACAGUUAAUCCUUGCCAGACCAAGCAGCCUGACCUAGAAAUGUCAUUAGUGAUCUCAUGACUAGGUCUUGAUAAAUUUCUUUGGUUUUGCCAUUGGAUCCACAUGGGCAGCCCAUUUUCCAGGCUGACAGAAACCACUGUAGGUUUGGUGUCUUUGAAGUAUGGAAUCGAUCUCUAUGAUGGGGAGUCCCAAGAACCUCAAUGAAACUUUUCUACCAAAUGUUGCCAAUGGCAUCAAGGAUGCCAGUAAGGUCACAAUAGGCAUCAUUGGAAGUGGAGACUUCGCUAAGUCAUUGACAAUCAGACUUAUCAGAUGUGGGUACCACGUGGUCGUAGGGAGCAGAAACCCUAAACACGCUGCUGACUUCUUUCCCCAUGUGGUUGAUGUCACUCACCAUGAAGAUGCAGUAGUUAAAACAAACAUUAUUUUUGUAGCCAUACACAGAGAGCAUUACAUCUCUUUGUGGGAUCUCAAACAUUUACUUGCUGGUAAAAUUCUGAUUGAUGUCAGCAAUAAUACAAGAGUAGACCAAUAUCCAGACUCCAAUGCAGAGUAUUUGGCAUCACUUUUUCCUGAUUCCCUAAUUGUCAAAGGAUUCAAUGUCAUUUCAGCUUGGUCACUGCAGUUAGGACCAAAGGACGCCAGCAGACAGGUCUAUAUAUGCAGUAACAAUGUUCAGGCUCGCCAUCAAGUUACUGAGCUUGCCCGUCAGCUCGGUUUCAUUCCUAUUGAUCUGGGGGCAUUGUCAUCUUCAAGGGAGAUUGAAAACCUGCCUCUGCGACUGUUCACCCUGUGGAAGGGACCUGUAGUGAUUGCCAUUAGUCUGGCAACAUUUUUCUUCAUCUAUUCUUUUGUCAGAGAUAUCAUCCAUCCGUACAUGAGAAAUCAGCAGAGUGACUUUUACAAGAUUCCCAUUGAGAUUGUGAACAAGACUCUGCCAAUUGUUGCUAUCACUUUGCUUUCUCUAGUAUAUUUAUCAGGACUUAUUGCAGCUGCUUAUCAGCUUUACUAUGGCACGAAGUAUCGGCGAUUUCCUCCUUGGCUGGACAACUGGCUCCAGUGUCGAAAGCAGCUUGGACUGCUGAGUUUUUUCUUUGCAGCAGUGCACGUGGUGUACAGCCUCUGCUUGCCUAUGAGGAGAUCGGAGCGCUACUUGUUCCUCAACAUGGCAUAUCAACAAGUUCAUGCAAAUGUUGAAAAUUCUUGGAAUGAGGAAGAAGUGUGGCGAAUUGAAAUGUAUAUCUCUUUUGGAAUAAUGAGUCUUGGAUUGCUUUCUUUGCUGGCAGUAACUUCCAUCCCUUCAGUAAACAGUGCCUUAAACUGGAGGGAGUUCAGUUUUAUUCAGGCUGCUGUGGGAAUCUUCUCUUUCACCUUUUAUCCAGCACUGCCUGUUUAUGGUAAACUGCACCACUGCUUUGUGCUAUUAUGCCCAAGCCCUGCAGUUCAGAUAUUCCCAUUAACCAGUCAGCAACAACUGAUGGAGAAGUCUACACUUGGAUACAUUGCUCUGCUUAUAAGUACUUUCCAUGUACUGAUUUAUGGAUGGAAGAGAGCUUUUGAAGAAGAGUAUUACAGAUUUUAUACACCACCAAAUUUUGUUCUUGCCCUUGUUCUGCCUUGCAUUGUAAUUCUUGGCAAGAUUGUGUUACUUUUGCCAUGUGUAAGUAGGAAACUGAGGAGAAUUCGAAGAGGAUGGGAGAAAAGCCAUGUUAUAGAAGAAGUAAGCGGAUCUGUUCCUCAUCUCUCCCCAGAAAGGAUAACUGUAAUGUGAUGUUAUUUGUUAACACUGUUGUACAUGUUUGGGCUUUGGGGUUCUUGUCAUAAAUUUGCAUUUUUAGGAGUUUAGUUAAGUAGGAGUCUUUGUAAAGUCUCUUGCUUGACAUAUAGUACAAGUUGUUAACCAAACUAUGAGAAGUUUAUAUCUAGAAGACUACUACUUCUGAUAGCUAGAAGAAUAUUUUUGUUUUGGAUUACAGAGAGAAGAUGAUUAUGAAAUAAAAUUGUCUUUAAUGUUCCUUUUCACAAU